UUGACUGUUAUACUUUGAUUACGGAAUUUAACUAUCUUCGGUUGCAAUUUAAUUUUUAAUUCUUCGCGGGCCAUGAUAAUUCUUAAACAACAUAAACUUCCAAGAGGUUUACUUCUUGGAAGAACUGAGAUGAGGAAUGAGUGAUUCAGAUGAUACAGAUGUCCUCCUUCUUGCAAGACCAAGUAUUUUCAUUGAAGACAAUACAGGAGUCGAUCCCUUGGCCUCUGUGGAGAUUGUUGAUAACCUUAUAAGCCAUUUAAGUGAAUUGGAAACUCGAGUAAGUAUUAUAGAAAGUGUCAGUAGUCCACGUUCCUUUAAAGAUUAUAGAAUUACUUCACCGAUGGUCCUGAAUGAUCUUGAAACAAAUUUAGAACAGUCUAUGCCAUCUGUUGCUAGUGAUGAAUUGCAAACUCGAGUGAACUUGAUUGCAUCCCCUUCAGAUGACCAAUUAAGAACACCCACUCUUAUGUUAAAUACUAGUGGUGUUUGUUCAAAUACUGAAAGUUCUAAUGAUUUGACUGCUUUAUAUGCAAAUGAUCCUCCAAAAUAUAAAGAAUCUCUUUUGAAAGAGAUUGACACAUAUUUGAAUAAUGUGAGUACAAGCAGACCCAAUAUGGAGUCAGAUUUGUUUAAUAUUGAUAGGAAUAAAGUGAUGAUGAGUAAACCAGGUGAUUCUGUAGCGGACAGUAUUAUUAGAAGAACAUCUCCAGAUGAUAGGCUGGAUCUUCCUGCUGUGGACAAGUUGUUGAGAGAAAUGGAAGCUACACAUCAAGAAAUUGAAAGUAAGCUGAAAAUGCGAGAAGCAGAGUAUGGUUUUCUUAAUCAGAAGUCUUUUAGUAAUGUUGGCCAUAGAAGGAGCUUUCCUCUGGGAGAUAACAAUUUAGUACCAGAUCGAAGGAGUGGUUCUUAUGAUCACCAUUCUUCUCCUUUGAAAAGUAGUGGUGAGGUAGAUAGACCAAAAAGUUUGGAAGACCUUGCUGGAAAAAGAGAUAUUUAUCUUGUUGGUAGCAGCCAUAACAGUGAUAGUGACGAUGCCAGAAAAAAUAAUGAUAUUCCUGAUCCUAAUAGAAGAGAUCCUUUCAAAACCACCUCAAAUUUAGAAAACAGGCGGCGUUUUCCGUCACCAAGAAGACGCUUAUUCGCUCAACCAGAACUUUAUGGGAGCAGAAAAAUAACAUCAGGAGCUUCAUCCUCAACGACUCAUGACCAGGAUGUUCAAAGGAGGAGUCAUUUCCCCCAUUUUGGAGCUGGAGAUGGGCCUCAUCUCUCCUCUCCUAGAAAAAUGGCGGAGAGUAAAAUUCAAAAGGAAAAACUUCUAAAGCAUCAGUAUAACAGGAACAAUUUGCUAAGUUUAGCAGAAUUAUGGAGAACUGAAAGAGAUUCCUCUGACGAAGAUUCAAAAAAAUUACGUCAAAAACUGGAAGAAGAAAAACUGAGACGGAUUCACCUUGAAAAUACUAUACAAGAGUUACAGCGAAGGGUUCUUGAAGAACAAGAAAAAUUGGCUGUUGCAAUUAAAGUUGACGAAGGGAAAGAUAAAGCGAUCGCUCAAAUAACUGAAGCAUGGAAACAGAUGGUAAACCAUUGGAGGGAUAUUGAAUCUGAUAGGCAUGCCAUGUCACAGGUUGUUAUCAAAGAAAGAACUGCGAUGAAACAAGCCCAUGAAGAAAUGAAUAAGAAAGUGGAGAGGUGGGAGAAGGAGGUGUCCCAAGCAUUGGAUUUAGCAGCUGGCUACAAAAGUAAAUGCGAAUUUCUUGAAACAGAACUUAAUGUGACAAAAGAGGCUAACGAAGAAAGAGUAUCCCGUCUGGAAAUCAGGUUAAAAGAGACAGAAACAGAAUUACAAAAACUUAAUGAAGAGAGAAAAAUUCUCACUGACAAGUUAAAUAUUUCCGAGGAAGAACAUAUGAAGGAGAAGAAAUUGGUAGAGUUAGCUCAGAAAGAACUUUCCUCACUUCAAGAAAUUCUUAAGAAGACGGAAGCAGACUUAUCUAUUGUGCAAGAACAACGAGAGCUAUUGACGACGAGGCUUCGAGAAGAGAAAGGAAGAAACACUACCCUAGAACAGCACAAGAAUUCCCUUCAGGAAACUGUGGACGAAAUGAAACAAAGGCUGAAUGAAGCUGAAGAAAUGGUUAAAAACCUGACAUCUACUUUAGAAAGGACCAAAACAGAAUUGAGAGGUGUAUACCAAAACCAGUUGGAAGCUGUAGUCAAAGAAAAACUGGAGGAGUUUCAGGGUCAACUGGACCAAGCACAGGCGGCAAUGAAAGCGGAAGUGAACGAAGCUCGGAAGCAAGCGCACGAGAGAGCGAUGGCCGAACAGCAAGCUCUUGUUAAUAGCCAUGUGAUAGAAAUGAGAAGGUUGGAAACAAUUCAUAAAGAAGAAAUGAAAGCGCUGGAGGAAAAACUGACAGAGAGUGAAAGGAGACGAGAAAAAUUGGAAUCUGGGAAAAAAGAGAUAGCGCACAGAUUGCAUGGUGUUAUGGAAACGCAAUGGCAACAAGCACUUUCUAUAAUUACCAGCGAGAUUUCAAUGAAACAGAGUGAAGAUAAUGGAAAUAGAAGGGAUCAAAAUUUAGAAGAACAAAAUCAAAGAUUGGCGGUGUCUCAAAGUGCCGAAGAUCUUAAAUAUAGUAAAGAUGGACAGGUAGCAAAUCGUCGACAAUCCAAACAGGACACAUUACUAAAAUAUAUACAGAUGGUGAAGAACGAUACUAAAUGAGAAUUUAGUUCUAGUCUAAACUUACUCCGUGACGAAUUUAUGUGAAUAUUUGCAUGUCUAAUAAUAAGGUGAGUUAUAUUUCAAUUUAUUUAUUUUUUCUUUGUCUCACUUAUAUUUGUUUAUUAGACGGAUAAUCUAC